AUGUCCAAUUCUGUCAAAAAAUCGAGUGGAAAUAUUUAUAGCCGACUUUACCAAAACACUAAACAAGCGCUUUCAAGAUCCAUGUCUUCUGAGUCUGCAAGCUUUAGAAAAUCAGAUAGUAUGAACUCUAUUCCAAGGCUCAAAACUGACUUCUAUUCUAAAUGGCUUUCUUCAAUUUGUAAAGUUUAUGCAAAAUUCUUUUUAAGUAUAUAUAUGGAAAAAUGGUUAAUAUUUUAAGAAAAAACAUUUUGUUUCUAAUUUUUGCUAACUAUCCAUUCUAAAGGGUUAAAAUUCAAACAAGAAACAAUGAAAAUCAUUGAAAAUGAGCGGCUGAAGCUUGAAGAAGAACGGAAAAAAGAAGAGACAUUCCGUCCAAACAUUGAGAAAAGCUCCAAGCAUUUUCAAAACAGGCCAAAUAACAAAGCUGAAAAUCUGCUCAUAGAAGCAGGAAAGACAUAUAAAGCCCACUUAGAUGAGCUAAGAGAAGAGCAGCAAAACGUAGAAAUGGUUGAGUGCUCAUUUCACCCUACAAUUAGUGGCUCAAGGACUUCCAGGAGUAGAGAGCAAUUUAGAGAUGUUUAUACUGAUCUCUACAAUGAUGCUGAACAAAGAAAGUCAAGAAACACCUCACUAACGGAGCAAAGUGUCAGCCAGUACUCAUUCAAGCCAAAGGUAAAAAACCAUAACAGAGCUUCUACUGAAACCAAAGAAGAAAUCUUUGAAAGGCUUUACAGCUCGAAAUCUAAGUUUUAUGAAGACAUGAAAGAAAGGAAAAAGGAAUUGGAGUCUUUAGAAGCUUCAAUUGACCAAGUCAGUGGUCAAGAGCUUUUUCACCCAGCCAUAAAUAAUACUAAAGGCUCAAUCACCAGAGGAGGAGAAGAGCCAAUAUGGGACCAUCUCUAUUCAUUGAAAGAUAAUCACUCUCUAAAGCAACAAGAAGAAAACGAUAAAACUUUGAAAUUCUGGGAAGCCAGCUCUGCUGCUAAGAAACUAAGUGAUGCUUCUCAAAAGAUCUUCCUGGACUUUCAGCAAAAGCAGCUGGAAAAGCUAUUUAAGUCUUUCGAUUCUGAUGAGGAUGGAAAAAUAUCGUCUGGAUCUAUAAAAAUAGAACACUUAGAUGUGAAGAGUCUUGUGAUUCUUUCUCCUUACUUAAAUUAUCUUGAAGAAAGUAAGGAACAACAUGAUUUAGAACAAUUCUUAGGCUAUAUGGAUGAACUAAUGAAGUCAAUGAAUGUGGGCGACAAGUCUCAUCUUUUGAAAAGAGAAGAAAAGCCUGUUGUAGAAGAAAAAAUUGUCCUUGUAAGUCCGAAGUCAACGAAACUGGCAGAAAAAAGAAGAGGAUCAUUGCCGGAUAAUAUUUAUGAUAGACUUGUUUGGACUUCACAGUUGAAUGAGUUGAAGGCGAAUGAACUGAGAUUGAUGAGAGAGCGGGCAGAGCUAUCUGGCUGCACGUUUAAGCCUGCAACAAAAGCAGGGAAAAAAAAGAAAAAGUAG